CUGUGGGGUACAGAUUUUGACCCAAAGAUUGUCCUCCCAUGCCUGCAGAAGACACUCCAGGGCCUCCAUCUAGAUUAUGUUGAUCUUUACAUCAUGGAAACACCCAUGGCUCUUAUGCCUGGAAAGGAAAUGUUUCCUAAAGAUGAGAAUGGCAAUUGGAUAGUUCCCCAGACAAAUCUGUGUGCUACUUGGGAGGCUUUGGAAGCUUGCAAAGAUGCUGGCUUGGUGAAAUCCCUUGGUGUAUCCCAUUUUAACCGGAGACAGCUGGAACUAAUACUGAACAAACCAAGACUCAAGUAUAAGCCAGUCUGCAACCAGGUGGAGUGCCAUCCAUAUUUCACUCAGACAAAACUCCUGGAAUUUUGCCAACAACAUGACAUUCUCAUAGUUGCAUUUAUUCCUUUGGGGAUCUCUAAUAAUCGAGACUGGUUGACUACAUACUUCGAACCUUUGUUAGAGGAUGAACUUCUAAACUCAUUGGGGAAAAAGUACAAUAAGACUGCAGCUCAGGUUGCUUUGCGUUUCAACAUCCAGCGAGGGAUAGUUGUCAUUCCUAAAAGCUUUGAGCCUACAUUGAUCAAAGAAAACUUUCAGAUCUUUGACUUUUCUCUCACUACGGAAGAAAUGAAGACCAUCGAAACCUUGAAUAGAGAUCUCCGCUUAGUGCGUAUGGACGAGUUGUCUCAUCAUCCUGAAUAUCCAUUCCAUGAUGAAUACUGACUUCAGAGAGCUCCUGCACUUAUUUUUCCCUGCGUGUGUACCAUGACCUUUGGCUGGGUGAUUCCCCCACACGUGGAAGUGAAAAGGGUUUUACUACCCUCAGAUGAAGUGGCGAUGGGCUUAACUUCUGUAUAAGAGAAGUGACUUUGACUUAGCUAUGUUGAAGAAAAAAAUGUUUAAAUCUGUUGAAAUAAUAGUUUGGAAUUAAAUAAUUAAAUUGUCAGCAAAGCCAUAAUGAUUUGGUGGUUGUGGGUUUCCAUCACUUUUUAUUCAUUUUACCCAGCUUUAGGGAUGGAUAACUGCUCGUUUUCUCUUGCAUGCUUUAAAGGGAACGAGCUUCAACAUAACUGGUGAUCACACUUACUGCCUAUCACUCCUGCUCCCAUGUAUCAUACAACCAGCAUUAUGCAAAAUGGCUUCAGACUAUCAACAUACACAAAUAAAACCCUGUAUUGUAAGA